AUGGCGUCCUCGACCACGGCAUCCCAGGAGGAGCUCAAGCAGAACAAGAUCCCUGUCGCGUGGAGGGAUCAAUGCUCUGCUCUGCUCAUUCCUCUGAAUGUCUGCCGGAAACAGAAGUACUAUCUGCCAUGGGAAUGUGAGAACGAGAGGCACUCGUAUGAGAAGUGUCAGUACGAGGACUACGUUCGCAGGAUGAAGGUGCUCUCGAAGCAGAAGGUGGCUGCGCUAGAGGCGGAGGAGUGA